AUGGAACUUCCUGAUUCCGUAUGCAAGCUUCUUAGUUUGAGGAUCUUGGAUCUUGGAGCAUGUCCGAAUUUAGAGCUACUUCCAGAGACAAUAGGCUCACUUAAGAAUCUCACACACUUGGAUAUGUCUGAGUGUUACUUGCUGGAGCGCAUGCCUAAGGGGAUUGCCUUCCUUUCAGAACUCCAAGUUCUUAAAGGAUUCGUAGUUGGUGUUCAUGAUAAGAAUGAUACUUCAUGUACUUUUCAUGAUUUGUCAGCACUGAAGAAGUUGAGGAAAUUGUCAAUCCACACAAGUAGGGUGGAUUUUCCCGUAGAAGAUGAGCUCAUUGUUUUACAAAAAUUUGGACGGCUUCGAAAGCUAACGAUAGAAUGGGGACGGUUAUACCCCCCAGCCACCACUCAGGAUAAAGGCCAGCCAGAUAAUGUUGCUGCUCAACCCACGACAACAAGCACUCAACACAAUGCUGCACCACAGCCAGCAACACCACCAACUAUCUCAAAAAACCAUUUGUUCAGCAAACUGCCAGCAUUCAGAGGGGCGCUUAGGUCGACUGCUACCUUGGCGCCUAGGUCGACUGCUACCUUGAAUCAGGAAUUAGAUCUAGAGAAACUGGACCUGCAGUGCUACCCUCAGAAGACAGCACCCAGUUGGUUGAGGCCUGGAAAUCUAAAGAGCCUGAAGAAACUCUACAUUAGAGGAGGACAACUCCGAAAUCUUGGCGAAGUUGAGGAGAACGACUGGUGGGCAGUUGAGACACUGCGAUUGAAGUUCUUGAGUGAACUAGAGAUGGAUUGGAAAGAAAUCCCAGUUUCAUUUCCUCACUUGAUGUACUUGGAGAAAUUUAGAUGUCCUAGGCUCACUUUCUUCCCAUGCGAUGAGAGUGGAGUAUGGCUGAAUCCCAGAAAUGGAACAAUGGAAUCAAAGCUACGGGAAAUCUUGGUAUGA